ACCCCCCCGUUCAAUCCAUCCUUCCUUAAGCCCGAAAUCUCAAAAUCAAAAUCCUUGGCUUUUUCGUUUUUGGGGUUUUCGCCUUUGGGAGGUCCGAAGAAUCAAACACACACACAAUCUUCUCUCUCCUCCAUUUUACCAACCCCCCCAAGUCCACAACUUCUUUAUAUUCUUCUCCACCAGACAACUCUUCUUCUCCUUCUUGUUUUGUUGUUGGGUUUUGAAGAAAAAACACAGAGAAAAAAUGGCGGCUAACUUGGAAGAUGUGCCUUCUGUUGAUCUCAUGUCUGAGCUUCUUCGCCGUAUGAAAUGCUCUUCUAAGCCCGACAAACGCCUCAUUCUUGUUGGACCCCCUGGUUCGGGCAAGGGCACUCAGUCCCCAAUUAUUAAGGAUGAAUACUGCCUUUGUCAUCUGGCUACUGGUGACAUGCUGAGAGCUGCAGUGGCUGCUAAAACUCCUCUUGGGGUUAAGGCUAAAGAAGCCAUGGAAAAGGGAGAACUCGUUUCUGACGACUUGGUUGUUGGGAUCAUUGAUGAAGCAAUUGAGAAGCCUUCAUGUCAAAAAGGUUUCAUUCUUGAUGGAUUUCCAAGGACAGUGGUUCAGGCACAAAAGCUUGAUGAGAUGCUUGAAAGGAGAGGAACUAAGAUUGAUAAAGUGUUGAACUUUGAUAUUGAUGAUGCCAUUUUGGAAGAGAGAAUUACUGGCCGCUGGAUCCAUCCUUCAAGUGGCCGGACCUACCACACCAAAUUUGCUCCUCCAAAAGCACCAGGAGUAGACGAUGUGACUGGAGAGCCUCUAAUUCAGCGCAAAGAUGACACUGCUGAAGUUUUGAAAUCUAGACUCGUGGCUUUCCACCGACAAACUGAACCAGUUGUUAAUUACUAUGCCCAGAAAAGUGUUGUGACGAACAUCCAUGCUGCGAAACCACCAAAGGAAGUCAGUGAAGCAGUGCAGAAGGCGUUGGCUUCGUGAUGAACUCCCGUUUAUCAGAUUAGAAAUCUUUGAAAUGUUGCCAAGAUUUUGAUGUGUACUUUAUCCCACAUUUAUGGGGUUCGGGUUACUCUAAUCCCGUCCGUCAGUACCCUUCCCUUGCAUACAUUUUACUGUUUGCUAUGAGGUCAAGUUGUUCUAUUACGGAAAAAUAAUCCUUAAUUAGGGAGUUCAUUAUUAAUGAUUUUUGGGAUCA